GGCGCUGCGCGGCGCCGUGCCGUCCCGCCGUGGCGGCGUUCGACUUCCGGCUGGCGUGCCGGCGCCGCUCUGCCCCACUUCCGGUGCUCGGCGGGCUGGCGGCGCCGGGACCAUGGCGGCGGUGGACGUGCGAGACAACCUCUUGGGAAUUUCCUGGGUUGACAGUGCCUGGAUUCCAAUACUAAACAAUGGCAGUGUGUUGGACUACUUCUCGGAGCGCAGUAACCCGUUCUAUGACCGAACUUGUAAUAAUGAAGUUGUCAAAAUGCAGCGGAUGACCCUGGACCACUUGAACCAGAUGGUUGGAGUGGAGUACAUCCUCCUUCACGCUCAAGAGCCCAUUCUCUUCAUUAUCCGAAAGCAGCAAAGGCAAUCUCCAACACAAGUUAUUCCUUUGGCUGACUACUAUAUUAUUGCUGGAGUGAUUUAUCAGGCACCCGACUUAGGGUCUGUCAUUAACUCCAGAGUUCUCACUGCUGUACAUGGAAUUCAGUCUGCUUUUGAAGAAGCUAUGUCCUAUUGUCGCUAUCACCCAUCAAAAGGCUAUUGGUGGCAUUUCAAAGACCAGGAAGAACGAGAGAAAGCUAAGCCAAAAGCGAAGAAGAAAGAAGAACCAAGUUCUAUUUUCCAAAGACAUCGAGUAGAUGCUUUGCUUCUAGACCUAAGACAAAAGUUUCCACCCAAAUUUGUUCAGCAAAAGCCUGGAGAAAAGCCCAUUCCAGUGGAUCAAAUAAAGAAGGAGCCAGAACCAGCCCCUGAAGCUGUCAAGACAGAGGAGAAAGAGACUGUAAAGAAUGCUCAGCAGAGUGCUGCUGCUAAAGGACCACCUGAAAAACGGAUGAGACUGCAGUGAAGGGUGAAGUGAUGCAUGUCUGGAUUAGUCAGUGCCUGGAGAACAGCAGAUUCCAACUCCCGUCCUUCAUAUUUACGCUCUUCAGCCGAGGCUGUGACAUUUCAGGAAUUCAAGUCCCUGUAACAGCUUUUUCUGUAGAAAUCUGUUACGAAAAUGUUAAUGGCAGGAUGUGAGCUGCCUUAAGUAAGGUGUUUUCAGUUUUCAUCUUAUUUUGAAUAUUGGCUUCUGGGAAUGAUUUUUACAGAGAUGUAUUUUGCAGCCUCCUGAAAUCUACAAACCCUUGCAUUCCUUGUGUCUUGGUUUGCUAUGUAAACAAACAAAAAAACCCCUUUAAUACAACAAUAACAAACAAUUCACCUUGUGUCUAAGUUAAUAAAAUCCUGAUUGCUAGAA